UUCUGUUUUGGUCCAGCAAUUAAAAGAAGCUGAUCAAGCAUGGCUCUAGCAGAUAAGAGACUUGAGAACUUGCAGAUCUACAAAGUUCUUCAGUGUGUUCGGAACAAAGACAAGGAGCAGAUAGAGAAGCUCAUCAAAUUUGGAUACCCUGAACUAGUCAAUUUCACAGAGCCCGUCCACGGGAUCAGUGCUCUGCACCUGGCCUCCGUCUCCAACGACAUUGACAUGGUCAGCUUUCUCCUGGAGCUGGGUGCUCAUCCUGACGUUCAAGACCGAAUGGGCUGCACCCCAACCAUGAGAGCGGCAGAACUGGGCCAUGAACUGUCCAUGGAAAUAUUAGCCAAGGCCAAGGCGGAUAUGACUAUAGUGGAUAAUGAAGGAAAAGGUGUUUUGUUUUACUGCAUUUUGCCUACCAAGCGGCAUUAUCGCUGUGCUCUGAUUGCACUUGAACAUGGUGCAGAUGUCAAUAAUUCUACCUAUGAAGGAAAGCCAGUAUUCCUUAGAGCAUGUGAAGAAGCACAUGAUGUUAAGGAAAUGUGCCUGACGUUUUUGGAGAAAGGAGCCAACCCAAAUGCUAUCAAUUCCUCCACAGGUCGCACAGCUUUAAUGGAAGCAUCGAGAGAGGGAGUACUGGAAAUAGUUCGGGGAAUCCUGGAAAGAGGAGGCGAAGUGAAUACAUUUGACAACGAAAGACAUCAUGCUGCUCAUUUUGCUGCCAAAGGAGGUUUUUUUGAUAUACUGAGGCUUCUUUUUGCCUACAAUGGAGACAUGGGGCUGAUUGCAAUGAAUGGCAACACACCACUUCAUUACGCGGCCAUGGGUGGCUUUGCAGAUUGCUGUAAAUACAUAGCUCAGAGAGGAUGUGACCUGAAAUGGAAGAAUUUAGAACAUAAAACACCCAAGGCUGUGGCUAAAGAUGGUGGCUUCAAAGCAGCAAGUAAAGAAAUACGCCGAGCAGAGAGAAUUGCUAAUAAAUUAGCCAAGCCGGGAGUCAAAAAUCCUAAUCCGCUCUGGGCGCUCAGGCUACACGACUGGUCCACAGAGCAUGAGACUUUCCUUAGGGAAGGCUUCUCCUUUGUGGACCGGGGUGAUGGGACGGUCAGCAAGGAGGAUUUCGUGCUGGUGCUGGAGGAAAGACAAGAUUUUGCCACCUCAGAGCAGUUGGCAUCUAUAGCCCAACUGCAUGAAAAAUCCCGCGGAGGGGGAGUCAACAUUAACGAAUUCUUUAAAGGAACCAGAUACUUAAGCAAAUCCUUCGUCUUGGGAUCUUACGGGCCCAAGAAAAGGAAAAAGGGGAUGGGCAGAAAGGGAAGGAAAGGCAAGUUUGUUUUACCUCUCCCCAUUUGCUUCAUACCCGAGUCUGCCUUUCCACGCCGGCCAGACGGUGGGCCGCCGUAUUACAUGAUUGAAACCUACCAGAAUGUCACUGAUUACAGUCGGUUCAAUCGAGAUCAUCCGCCAGAACAUCCCAUUCAGGAUGACUCUGCUUGGUACAUUGAUGACCCAUCAGCGGUGUUUGCCAAUAUUAACUUUAUCACCAAGGCAGGGGACCUGGCCUCUCUGAAAAGAGCUUUUGAAGGAGGAAUCCCCGUGGAUAUGAAGGACAAUUGCUACAAAACACCUCUCAUGACAGCCUGUGCAAGCGGAAACAUAGAUGUGGUCAAAUUUCUUCUGGAAAAGGGGGCUAAUGUUAAUGCCACCGAUAAUUUUCUAUGGACUCCACUUCAUUUUGCGUGCCAUGCCGGGCAACAAGACAUUGUUGAACUUCUGGUUAAAUCGGGAGCAUCGGUAGAUGCUCUGUCCCUCAACAACUCAACUCCGUUAAGCAGAGCAAUUGAAAGCUGUCGAAUGGAUACUGUAAAAUAUCUACUUGAUAUCGGUGCUAAAUUCCAACUGGAAAAUAGAAAAGGGCACAGUGCUAUGGAUGUUGCAAAAGCAUAUGCUGAUUAUAGAAUAAUUGGCCUGAUUAAAGAAAAGCUAGAUAAUUUACCAAAACCCACAGAAAAUCCAAAAAUGAAAGGCAAGCCACCUCCUAAACCCAAGACCGAAGGUGCUGAAAUUAAGAAAGAAGAGGAACUACUUACAUCUGUUUAUGCUGUUCCAACCAUAUUAGAGGAAAAGAAAUUGCGUAAGGAUAAUGUGGUUCAUCUCAAUUCACUGAUUACCAGUGGUCAUACCAAGAAAGUGGAUAUCACAUUCGUGCCCCGAAGGGUUUGGAGUCCUGAAGCCACGACAACCGAGUUGAUCAGGAAAAGGGAACUACAGCGGGAGAGGUUUACAUACGAGGUGGACUUCGACGAUUUCAUGAUGCCAUUCCAGAAGAACAUCACGGAGAAAGCCCGGGCUUUGGAAGCUGCCUUGAAGACUUAAUCCCAACUGUUACUUUUGGAGUAAAUGCUUUGAGUCCCGUAAGAAGUUUUAGAGAAACUAUUAUCAUCAAUCAAAGUCAGAGCAAUCCACACAUUAAAAACAUGUUACCAAAUACUUCCUUUUGCAUUAAUAACUAUACGUAUGUUAAUACUACAGAGAAGAAGAUGUAUUUCAUUUAACAACAUAUAGCAUUGAGUUCUGGAUGAAUCCCCCAUUAUGCUUUAACAAUGCAGCAGAAUAUAGGUCAUGUGAGUUGUAAGCAUUACUGUCAAAAAUUAUAAUUCAUGUUCAUUGAAGCUCGAAUCACAAUAGGGAAGAUAUAGAAUCAACCCAGAUGUCAACUACUGAUGCUUGCAU